AUGCCGCUGCUAGAACUUGUCCCGUCACUAGCUACGCCGCACGCCUUGAUCGAGCGCACGCGUGCGGGAGACGAUAGGGUUUGUGGCGAACAGCUUGCGUAUGCGCUGCUGCGGGAGGCUGCGCAUCUGGUGUGGUUGGGGUGGACGAGCUGGAUGCCAUUGUUGAGAACUCGAUGGGUCCGCGGUGGACGGUUGCAGUGCCGUUUAAGUCGUAUCAUAUGGGGCGGUGGAGAAGGGCGGUUGAGGGCCUUCUUUGAGAAGAUUGGGGUCACAGCGCAGGCUUGUUGGGAGGAUCAGGAAGGAGUGGGCUUUGGGAAGGGGGAGGGCUGGGAGGAACGAGUGUUUCGUGAGACGGAGGAGGUUUAUGGACCGUCUGUCGGGUUGAGUGUGCGGGAGAGGGAUGAGAAGACAAGAGCAGUACUGAAUGCGAGGGGGGAGGAGGGGUCGGUGCCGAAGAAGGACAGGUGA